GGAAAUUUUGAUGCUAUAAAUCAGUUUUUCAUUUGACUUUCAAUCUGGCUCUGGAUUUUGUACCAAAAAUCUAUAAAAUGGCUAGAGACCAGGAUUGGACGCCGACCUUUAAAAAAUUACAAUUGAUUACUCAGCAAAUGUAUAUUAAAUUGUAGCCGGCUAUGAAUGAUUCUUUCUUUAGGUACUUUCCAUUGAUCCAGUUCUCUCUUUUCUGUCUGCUUAAACCUUUUGACUCUUUCAUUUGCUUUGCUUACUACAAAUACAAAUCACUUGUUAGAAUCACCAGUUCUAAGAUCUUCAUCAAAAUUUGGAGAAUGGAGAAGCUAUCAAAUUUCAGAAGCAAGAUCCUUUCAUGUCUACCAAAAGCUGCAUCUCCAGUCACCUUCCAAUUGAGCCCACCAUCCAGCCCAGUUGCUAGAAAAGGCUUUACAGCUCCAACCAUCUCCAUGAUUCCCAAGGAGAUGAGAAGGAAACCCAAAACUGAGAGCUUUGUGGCACAAGAACCAACCUCACCAAAAGUUUCAUGCAUGGGCCAAGUUAAGAACAAGAAGAAGAAAAAUAUGUCAAAAACUCAGCCAGUUGUUGUUUUGCAAGAAAGCCCACGAAAUUCAUCUCCAAAAGAGAUGAAAAAGAAGCCCUUUGCAAACAGAAAAUCUUUCAAUGGAACAAAACAAAGCGAUAAAGUUGUUGAAAGGGUUCCUUCUUUGGGUCAAAUGAAGCAGUUUUCAAGCAGUCGCGGAAUGUUAAAUAAUUUUGAUUGGACAGCUUGUGAAAAAGAAAAAGAAGAAGCCAUUGUUGAACGUGGAGAAGAAGUUUCCAUUGAGCCAAGGAAAGAAGUUAACUUGUGGAAGAGAAGAAACAAAGCUUCUCCUAUUCAUCUGCAAGUGUAAACUUUAAGCAAAGGAUUGCUUAUUCCCAAUUCCAUCCAAGAAUAAGAAUAUACUAUUCCUUCCCAGAUUCUCCUCAUUUUAUUUUAUUUUAUUUUGUCACAUUAUUAUCCUUCAA